AUGCAGAAGGAAGACUACGACAUCCUGCGCAAUGAGGCGAAUGCGAGCCCCGAGCGCUUCGCGAAUUGGGACCCGCACGGCCAGUUUCGCGAGGACUACCACCAACGACAUUUGCACGAUCAGACGCCCGAUGAGCGGUUACGAAACAUCGAGGCACACGAGCGAGGGGAGCGCACCACGAGUGAGAGAUCAUUCCCUCAGGAAGCAGUAGCAUCGCCCAUCAGAGAGAAAGAAGAGGAGGUCGCCUCGCCUCUCUCACGACACAGCACAUCUUCGGCUUCGACGGCAAGCUCAGCAAGCUCCGCGUCCACACACAGCGCGCGCCUCGAAGAAAUCCGCACCGCUCGCUCAACCCCACGCGACCGCCGACCGACCGUCAAUUCGCAAGCGUCGAGCGGCAACUACCUGACAUUGCACCCUACCGAACGCGACCCCGAAGCCAUCCGCCGUAUCGAGACACACAGGAGCCAACAUGCGGGCACAGUCGGUGCAUCGCAAGUCGAUUCGCGUCUGUCGAGGACGCUCACUCGCCGUCGUACUGAGAAGCCAUUGCCAAACAUGGGAGCUGGGAAACCUUUCCCUCCGCUACUGCCGGAUAGGGAAGAAUAUGUCGUCGAGUUUGAUGGCAAGGAUGACCCACUACAUGCCCAGAACUGGCCCAUGAAGAAGAAGAUUGGUAUUGGUGCUAUCCUAGCCUUCGACGCCCUGACAGCGACCAUGGGCAGCAGUAUAUUCUCGGCUGCUACCGGAGCAGUGUCACAACAAUUCGGCGUGGCCAAUGUUGUGGGUACUCUAGGAACCAGUCUGUUCGUCUUCGGAUAUGCUUUUGGACCUUUGAUGUGGGCGCCCUUCUCCGAGUUAUACGGCCGAAAACCUCCACUCAUCAUCGCCGCAUUCGGCUUUGCCAUCUUCAGUAUUGCCGUAGCCGUAGGCAAAGAUCUCCAGACCAUUCUCAUAUGUCGCUUCUUCGCCGGUCUCUUUGGCUCUUCUCCACUCGCUAUUGUCGCCGCUGUCUUUGCCGACAUGUUUGAUAAUCGACUUCGUGGUCUUGCUGUCGCUGUCUUCUCCGCGACCGUCUUCAUGGGACCUCUACUAGCACCCUUCAUUGGAGGCUUCAUCACGCAGAGUGACUUAGGAUGGCGGUGGACCGAAUACAUUAGCAGUUUCAUGGGCUUCGUAUCAUUUGCGUUGCUCUUCUUCUUCAUGGAAGAGACGUACCCACCUGUGGUGCUGAUCAACAAGGCGAGCGAGUUGAGGAGACGAACCAAGAACUGGGGCAUACACGCGAAGCAGGAAGAAAUCGAGGUCGACUUCAAGGAGUUGAUCGUUAAGAACGUCAGCAGACCCAUGCGCAUCCUCUUUACUGAGCCUAUUGUGUUACUCAUCACUAUCUACAUGAGCUUCAUUUACGGUUUACUCUAUCUCUUCCUUACCGCGUAUGCACUUGUCUUCCAAGGAGUCUAUGGCUGGAGUGCCGGUAUUGGCGGACUUGCUUACUUCGGCAUGGUUGCUGGCGAAGUCAUUGCUUUCAUCAUCAUCGUACUCGACAACCCACGAUAUGUGCGAAAGCUCGAAGCCAACAACAACAUUCCUGUCCCAGAGUGGCGACUGCCCAUCAGCAUGGUCGGUGGUGUGCUCUUCGCAGGCGGUCUCUUCUGGUUCGGUUGGACUGGCUACACCGGCCAAAUCCAUUGGAUCGUCCCUAUCAGAGGCCGGAGCACCUUUGCCCCUGCACCAGACAUUGCGCAAGACAAGAGGAGGGAUGAGGAGAGUAAAGGCAGUGGAGGCGUUGAGGCCGGGAGCGGGGAAACGACAGAGAGGGAGAGCUUGGACAGAGAGAGGAGUAAAGACCAGUAG